GACUUCAUAACAGAACUAAUACACAAUACAUCAAGUAAACAUCAUGUAGAAAUAACCUCAUAAAAAUGUAUAAAAUAACUCAUUUUAAUGAAAUUAUCUACAAAGAUAUCUCACUGUCAGAAUUUCUACUAUCUGCCAGUCUUGCUUUUUCUGCCAACUUGCAUUAGUGACAGCUGCAAAUUCCAGCAGCUGCUACAAGGUUCAGAAGUACUAACUGAACACAAAAGUUCACUCCGCAGUAUUUCUGAGUAACUUGAAACAAGGUCUGUGGUGGGAUGCAAGCGUAAGAGGAAACUUUUCCUGUCCACAUAAAUAUGACCAGUGAAUUAAUUUUGAAAUGAAAAAAAUCUCUGUAAGUUGAAGAGCUUACAAAAUGCACAAAAAGUUUGUUGAGAAUUACUGUGAUCAGCUUUCUUCCCCUUUUCUCAUCUGCUUGCAGCCAAUACUGCUAUGCACAAGUGUAGUUAAGAUCUGUCCUAUACAGACACCGUGCGUGUGUAUGUACACAUUAAUGACACAAAUGUUUAGGAGUGAAAAGCUAUUCUCAUGCCUCCAUUUUUUAGAUGUCCGAUUUGAAAUGUUUUAAUGCAACCUGAUUCGGAAGGAAUGACCUUAGUUUUUUCUCUACGCAAAAAUUAUUUAAGUCACAUAUACAUGACCUUGAGUAGAGACAGGGGACUAGAGAUACCAGCAUUUAAAAUUAUUUCCAAAUAAGUAUUUUAAAUACCAGUUGUUUAAUUCCAAGUGCAGACAUAAGUAAGGAGCUGAAAUUCAUAGGUUUUGCUUAAUCUUUAUCAUUAAGUCCUAGAGUGCUCAGCUUCUCAGAAAAUCAGUGUUUUAUUAGUACGCACAAAAAAUGUACUUAUGGAAGUAAACUUUAGCCUCUGGAAUUAUUACUGUUGGUCAUAAAUAGAUAUUGAAAUUGUAUGUCAGAUUUUGACAUGAUUAAAAAAACAGAGCCAAAUCCAGUAGCACAGUCUCACUUUGAUGGGGAUGUCCAUAGUAAAGGAUCAGUACUGCAAAUACAUACACACAUCUCAAAAUAAAACUGGACAGUGGACUGUCGUGUCCUCUUCCCCAUGAGCUGUUUAGGCAGAAUCUCAAAUACAAAUAAAAUUAGCUUUACAGUGUUCGGGAGUCAAGUUACUGAACUAUUAAUUUCUACAAUGAUACACUUCACACUGUUUCCAAAUACCAUUUUUCUAUAUAUAGCUUUUAAACUGAAAUCACUGGUUCAGAAUGAGAACCAGCUGAUCUUUACCCCACACUUGCCUUCCUGCUCAGUCUACUCUUACCUCCCUGGCUCACCAAAGCCAGGCCUACUCUUACACUACUCCACUCUCAGCUCAUGUAAAGUCUCUGAAAUAUCCCUUCCCCUACUUUCAGAAGUUUCAUAAAUAGAUAGAUAAGGGAGCCCAAGCUUUCACAGGUUAUGUUUUUAAUGGUAAGCUAUCCUUCUAGGCUGUCAGUUUUACUUACAAUUUAUUUUGUAGAGAACACAAACCAUGCCAAUUAGUAAUUCUCUGCACAUAAACAAUUUUAUUAAAAGAGCUGACUGUGGUGUUGCCAUUAAUAAAAAUGAUAAAGCAAACCAUGGGAAAGGCACAGAGAAAUCAAAGAACUGACUACUAUCACUCCUUUCAAUCUCACUCAAGUCUACCAACCAGUUAUGAAGACUUUAAAAGACCGAGCACUUCUAGACUUGCCAAUACAAAAUACCCAACGUCUACAGGUGCUGACAUUUACUUAUUUUGAAGAGUUCCUGGUCUGUCUUGACAAACAUGAGCCUGGCCACAGCAAUCCAUACAUCUGAUGCUACACAACACAACAUAUUAUGCCAGGUGAUCAACUCAGUAGAUACAUGACUUCAGCAGCAUACACUGCAGUGCAUGGGAUCACCUGGGACUGGCUCCUUCCACUGAUGCGUACCUGAUCUAAUUCACGUUCCUUAUCUUGCUGACUUUGAUAGAGCCUAAUAAACAAACUUUACUUUGUGUCAGGACCAGUUCAGAGCCCCUUGUUUCAAACACUCUGCAAUGGGCAAAACAGUUGAGACCUCUUGCAGCAAGGAAGAGAAAUCCCUUCCUGGAAGGGGUAAUAAACACACAGAUGCACACAAAGACACACACACACAGGUGUUUUGCAGCUUUCAGAUGCAAGCUCACUUUGUCCAUUUAUCAAAGCCAACAUACAAGGCAAGGUAUAAUAGCUCAAGCUAAGCACUACUAACCACUAAUCAUAUAGCUUCUAGUUCUCUGGAAGAACAGCCACCAAAAACAAUGUCUACCUGCAAAAUACUGUGUGAAUACAUCCUAUUGUUCUCAACCCUUUUAGAUUAUCUGCAAGAAAGGCAUCUAUGUAGUGGGAGUUCACUGUGGAAGAAAAAGUACACUGGAAAAGGAACAGUCUAGUAGAUCACAGCAACAGACUAUCCUAUGUUCUUCACGAAGGAUCAAAACUUAAGCCAUGCUGCAGAACCUUACACUGCAAGUGGAUAGAUUCCAGAAACUUCCCCCAAAAUAUUAUGAUGCAAAACACUACACUCCUGUGGAAACAAUACGCCUAAAGGGCAUAAAAACAUAGUUUGAACCAAUCAGCUCACAGCAAGCCCUCUGGCUCUGUAAAGAAGCACAUAGACUGGGAUUUGAGUCAGCUCCUCUGUUUCUGCUGAUCCUCCCAGUGUUCUGCUAUGGAAAGUCUCUCAACAGUGCCCUGAAAGAAUUCCAUAUGACAGGGAACAAGCAAGCUCCAGGUAUUCUACCAUAGUAGAGCUAGGCUUUUUGACAACCAGUUUGCAUGGCUGAAAGCAAAAAUGAACUCAGUCUGGGAGGUCUGUGUAACAAUGUCUCUACAUCAGCAAUAUACAAGCAAUAUUUCUCCAAAGCAUUCCAAUAUUACAGGAUGGAUAGUAAAAAAACAAACAAAAAAAACCAGAUGUGACUGUGGCCACUUCUGGGAAACACAAGUGUGAACAAACAGCUAUUUUUAAAUUAUCAAGUUCCAUUCCAGUCUAAGCUGUUACAGAAUGUGUGUCAAUCUUUGCCCUUUUUUGAUCUCUUCCCUCACUCAGCUUAUGCUUGUGUACUGAAGAAGUCUGAGCACAUGAUUACCCCAUCCAGGCAACAUGCCUUUGAAAUGGCUUUUUAAUUUAGACUCUCCACUCCCUGACAGACUGACUUUUGCAGUAUGUCUGUAUUUGCUGUCUAGACACUUGCAUAUGCUAACCUCUAAUUUAGCCCUCCUUUACUGACCCAUGAGUUUUCAUUCCCUUCUGUGGGUCUUCUGGCUAAACUGGAAAUGCAGCACAUUCAUUCUGCCCCAUACCUCCCUGGUGUAACUGCAUUCAUACAAAUCCGACCACUGAAAUAAACAUACGUUCCUCAUUUACAACAACAAAUCCUUACAAUGAAAAUGUUUUGUUGCACUCUCCUAAUCCUGUUCCCUUCUUUGCUGACUCCAAACUCAAAGAACAGAGCAGUCCUUUCCUGGAAGAAUCAUAGAAACACAGGGUUGGAAAGGACCUACAAGAUCAUCUAGUCCAACCGUCCUCCUAUCACCAAUACUACUCACUAAGCUACUAAAUUGUAUCUCUCCGCACCUCAUCCAGGUGCUUCUUGAACACUGCGAGGGACAGUGACUCCACCACCUCCCUGGGCAGGCCAAUCUGCAUAGACAGGGACCUAAGCUGAAUUUUGUAUGCAGAAUCUAAUCACUGUGUACCCACAUAGGCAGAACAUGAUGAAAAUGUCUGAUUGAAAUAUAGAAGGGAGAGCAAAAUACAGAUACAUCCUAAGAAUAGCCAAAUGCUGGCUCAAAUCCAAGGUCCAUCUAAGACAACAUUGCUUCUAGCUGAGGGAAAAAAGAAAACAACAGAUGAUUAGGGCAGUGGGCUAUGUCCUCUCAGAACAGUCUGACACAAGGCACUUCCUCUACAGCCUUAAUGGAUUUUUCUUUCAUCAGUCUAUCUGCAUGUAUUUUUUUUCAACUCAUGGUAACACUUCGGGCAUUUGCAGCAUUCACAUUUAAUGAAGGUACACAGAUGAGAGCUCACAAAAGCCAUGCCGUACUUCCACUUUAAACAGUACGUUUGCACAACAAACCACUUCCAUGUGCCUGAAGCAUAAAAGAUUUCCUAUCUGUGUCAUUUUCUACAGAUGACUUAAAAGGCAAUACAGCAAUUGGAUAAAGCUAAAAAGUCUUGUAUAAGGAGAAUUCAUAUAAAGCCUGAAUAAUGGGCCCUGUAUAAGACAGAAUUUGAGCAUCAGAUGUGCACAGUAGUAUACUGUUGCCAUUGUAAUCCAAGAGUCUGCACUGCUUAUCUAUGGUUACACGUUAAUGGAACUCAUUGUCUCUGCCUCUUCCUCACACACCCACAUCUUUCUCUACCCCAAAUUAUGCGCCACAGUACACCACAUAACAUCCCCCUGUACAGUAAGAAGAGGUAUAAAGUUUAUCUGCUUGUAACAUGGGCAAGUUAAUUUAUUUACUCACGUACCAGCACGACUUUACAACUGCUGCGUGAUAGCCUCUGAUUCGCUAACAAUUCAGUGAGAUAAGUAGUUCUGAUGCAACCUGUAUGUGUUAUGAUUUCCUCCAGAUUAACAGAUGCUCCAGUUGAUUUCUGUCACUUCAAGUUGAUAGGUUGAAAACUUAGGUAACUAAGUUCUAUUGUUCUCUUUAUUUUGCUUACAUUGUCAUAAUGCAUGCAUCACUAUAGUAAGAGUACCACACAGACUCCUUAACCUCAAAAUUCAUAUGUAGACACAGUCAGACCACCACAAAGCAGAAGAGAAGAUAAGGACCUGAAUAAAACAUAUGAAAUUAAACUAUGUAAUGAUCACACUGUUUCAUUUCUGCUGGGCAUAUCUUGAUUCUGCUUGAGGUAAAGACCGUGAUUUUUAGGGAAGAGAUGAGGAAUAUGACAACUCAUUCAUUUUGGAAGUCAGUAUCCAAGCAAAGGCUGAUGCGUUGAACUUUAAACUAUCAUAUAAUGUAAAAUUCAUAACUUUCCGUGAUGGAAAGGUUUAUUCACAGACCACCUUCUGCAUUGCUUUUUGCUAGGUUUUCUUUUCCCAACUGACUCCUUACUAAAGGCGCUGAUAAAUCCUACAUUUGAAAUAACUAAAGCGAUAGAUUGUCUCAGCUCUGCAGAAGCACCUCUGGACGUGCUAUAGAAUUGUAUGUACGCCACCCUCAUUCACAUAACCAGUCACACAAAAACUAGCACCACAGCAUCCAACUUACACUUUAUUUACCUCUCUUUAUAGAGGUUUUUCCCUCUCUGAUGACUGACCAUAAUUGCCUUUUCUAGUCCUUUACAAGAAAGGAAAGAAGAGUAUCUAAGCUACUUACUGCCUUUCAGGUAAACAGACCGGAGGUACACUUACUAAAAAUUAGAGGAAAAGGGAAAAGCUUCCUGCUCCAGAGCAGCUUCCAUGAAUAAGUAGGAUUAAGCUAUAACACAGCAGCAGCUACCGUAAAAUGAAGUUAUUGUUUACAGAAGUUGGCUUACCAAAAAAUCACAACGAUCUCCAGGAUGGCCAUAUAAGAGCUAAAUCUGACAUUCUAUAAUAAAUAUGUAUGUUACUUCCCAUGUUAGUCUUUCAUUACAAAGUUUUACUUUCAUCAUUUUGUAGCUCCCCAAGGAGAUUUUGCCUUUCACUGCUCCAGUUGCUACUUAUAUUUUUGACACUCUCCUCUCAAAACAAACAAAAAUAGCAGCUGAGAAUCAUAAGUGUUAAAAGCAGGAAAUAUUAAGGGCAUCAAAUCAGUAAGAAGGUAUACACUGCAAAGCAAGCUAGAAAUAGGACAACUCUGAUCAAUGCAUUUCCAGUAUCACAGGGAUUCUCUCUGCAGUAUGGAGCCCAAAAUAUUAUUUUUCCACAAAAUUCAGACAUUUCAUUUAUUAUCUGCAGACAAGACUGUUAUCCACCUCCAAAGCAAGGUACAAUACAGACUUAGAAUAUCUUGUAAUACUAAGCUGGUUAAUAUUAAACAUCCAGAAUGUCCAAGAUUACUUAGGAAUUAGAUUUUAAGGCAAUUACCAAACUGCAUGGAGCAGUUUACACAUGCCAACAAAACUGUGAGGUGUUUUAAGAGUCCUGAAAUACUUCAUACUGCAAUGAAGGGACACAGACGAGAAUGUAACUGUUAGUACAUGAUCUAUUACAAGGAAAGGAUGUCAACGGUUAAUGAUGUUUUACUUCUUCAGUAUGUUCCAACAGCAAGUAAAGCCAUAAAUAUUUUUGUUAAACAAUCAGAAAUUAAAGGCAAAAGGAUUUCAGUGAACAAAGACCAUAGGUAGAGUCGCUUAACAGUAAGAAGAAAAAAUUAAAUACAAAUCAAUUACUUGCACCUGACUCAACUUCUAAAUUAUCCAAAAGAAUAAAACCAGACUUGCUGAUAGAAGCACAGGGGCUAUUAGGUAGCAUCAUCUCCAGGGAAAGACAGAAUGCUCUACCCUGAGCCAGUUUCUCACGCACAAACAAGUUAAAAAGCCAAGCAAAUAUUAUUGCUCAAAUUCCAACAAAAGACUACUGCGACAGUUUGUCCUAUUGAAGUCACUGCAAUGUUCUGAAAUGCGUUUUAAAAAAAGUUUGUCUCAUAUCCAUUCACUGUAACAUUUAGGAUUAUUUGUACCACCAGUGAGUAUACAUCAACAUCUCAGAAUUUAAAAAACAAAACAAAAACACUUUACUGCUCAACACAACUAUGCAAACAGGACGAUUUAAAUUCAAAAUAACUCACACUGCAUGCGCAGUUCAUCCACAGAAAAAUUUAACCAACUACAGUCUUGAAGUCCAGUACAAUAGAAAUACAGUAGACCAUUUGGAAUAAGUCUUAGACCACAUACGGUUUAUUGUAAGGCAUCACCACUAGUUGCCACUCUGUCUAAACAUGGGACCAGGGCACAACAUAGCGCAGUUUCACCCUAACACAGGGGUGAACCUGUUUUUCACCAAAACCAAAACCUCAUUUGUCUGCUCUAUUCUUUUCUUUGGAUGGCUUGCACCCCCCUUUGUCUUUUGCUUUCUCUCAUCUGCUUACACAUCGCACAUCGAGCCUGCUUUAGAGGACCUCUUCGUUAUUUCUCACAUCAGCGGACACGGACGGAUAACGCAGGACCUCAGCGUCUGCCCGGCAUCUCCCAGUUUCGGCAGCUCAUUUCGGGUCGGGAGGAGGGGAGCGAGCACCCGCUGGCGGCAGACGACAAAGCGGGCGCCUCUCCCGGGCCCGGCGCUGAAACCGAAGGAAUCGGCGUUACCCAGCCCGUCCCCCGCCCGGGCAGGGCGGCGAGGCCCGGGGCUUGCCGGUGUCUCGCCGCAGGCGGGGAGAGCCUCACGCAGGCUCGCGUAUGGCGGCCGAGCGACUUCACUGGCAGUCAGGGACGGGACCUGAGCAGACCGAGGGCAAGGGGAGCAGACAGGGCAGCCGCCCGCCCCGCCGCCCCGCGGGACCGGCGUCCCGGGGAAGGAGGCGCUGGUUACCCACGGGGAUUACUUCGUCUGCAAGGGAAAGCUGCGCGGAUCGCUAGGGACGGACACAGGCGGGCUCUGGCGAAGCGAGCGUGUGCGUGCCCGACGAAGCCGCAGCGACCCCGCUGCCCCGGGGAGCGGGCUGCGCGCAGGGGCUGUCAGUCAGCGCCGCUUCCCGGCCCCGCCGGAAGGGGCGCCGCCACCUCCCGGUGCCGCCCACUGCUCCCGGCAGCCGGAGCCGAGCAGCGGCGCCCGCAGCGGCACCGGGCGCGAACCCCGCGCUGCCGCCGCCCACGAGGCGCCGCCAGCGCCGGCUCGCGCCGCUCCUCCCUCCGGCGGCCGCCGCCGGCGGAAGCUCCCGUCCGGCCUCGCGCCCCGCUCGCCUCCGCCCAGCGGCAGCCGGAGCCCGCCCAGCGAACGCGGCUUCCGCUCCGCUCGGGAGCGGCCCGCCCGGAGGCCUGGGCGGCGGGGGGCGCCUCGGCGACGGAGGCGGCGAAGUAUCGGCGGCGGCCCAGGGCCGGGGUCCCGCCAGCCGCACUCAGCAGUACCGGCCUGCCUGGAAGCUGCCGGGGCGCUCCCCCCUCCCUGCUAAGGCCCUGGCGCGGCCGUCGCCCCUUUAAGGCUUUUCCUGACGAGUGCGCAGCAGGCGGAGGGGGGCGGGGCGAGGGCGGGGCUCCCCGGCGGCCCCGCCUCCCGCUAUAA